AUGAUCAGCGACAUCGAAUUCUCUGAGGAGGACAAGCCAUGGUCUGUCAACAUCAAGAAGGCUAUUCUCAACAUGCUCCAGAUCAACAUCAUGAAGAGAGACGAGACCAUCAAGAACGAGCGCGAGGAAGAAUUCGAGAACAAGAACUUCUUCGUGAAUGUUGAGCGAACCCUCGAAGGGGAGUGCGAGGUCGAAUACACCAUCAACGACAUGAAGACCGAAUUCGUUCAGUGGACCAAGUCCAUCAACUUCCAGAAAUGCAACGUGCGCCCGGAGGUGCAGUACGGAAUCCGCCCACGUGAAUUCAAGAAGAUCCACGACGAGAAGCUCUUCAGCACUGUCUUCAAAUACAAGGUUGUCGGCAACAAAGACGAAUUCCUCAUCCACGACGUUGAGCUCGAGUCCCAGUACAAGCUCCUGCCUCUGUCAAAGAAGCACGAACUCAUCACCUCGUUCGUCUUCAACAAGAUGACCCUCGUCUAUGCUGGAAGGGUUGAGACUCAAAUCCCAAGCGUGCGCCGUGAUCGCAAGGAGACCCUCAUCUACAACUUUGACUGGGAAAUCGCGGAGGAGAUGUUCGCAAUGACUGGUGACGAGAAGUACCUGCACCGCAUCCCUGAAUGGAAGAACAAGGUCGAGCACAUCGAGAAGCUGCUGACUCUCAUCAGCCGUCACGUUGAGGAGAAGGUCGAGCUCGAGACCACCCACAUGUUUGCCCGCCUUGUGAAGCUUCUGCGUCUCUGUCGUGAACAAGAACUCAUCAAGAUCCAGCGCUUCUUUGAAACCCGUGAUGUCAACCACAAGGUCCUCUCGCUGUACUACGACGCUCUCGCGAUGGCUGGAACCAAGGUGACCGUCACUGAGCUCGUAAAGAAGAUCACCGAAGAAAGGAUCGAUACCCUCAAGGCUGCUCGCCUUCUCAAGUCUCUUGCUGAAAUCCGGGUGCCAUCGGAGAUGAUCGCCGACGAAAUCCUCCGCGUUUGUGAGAGCGGUGUCGUCGAGAGGGUUCCUUACCUCAAGCAAUCUUGCUGGCUGACCUAUGGUGCCAUCUUCAACGGACUGUGCAACAACGAGAAGCUCGCCGUCUACCACGUUGAGAACAUGUGCAAGCGUGAACUCAAGGAGAAGGUCGUCCGCAAGCUGAUCGACAUGUUCAGGAGGACUGACACUCGCUACGAGAAAGUUCUUAUGCUGAAGACCCUUGCUAACGCCGGAAUUGAUAUCUCUGUCCGUGAGCUGGAGAGAAUCAUCUACGACAAGGAGGAGGAGAGAGUCAUCAGAAUCGAGGCUAUUCGCGCUCUGCGCAAGCUCCGCUUCAUGAUGCCACGCAAAAUCCAGAACAUCCUGAUGCCCAUCUACAAGGAUCGCACUGAAAUCCCCGAAAUUCGCAUGGUUGCUCUGCACAUGAUCAUGAAGACCAUGCCCGAGCAGGUUGUUGUCGAUCAGAUCGUCCACCUGAUGGAAGUCGAACGUGACCCACAUCUCCGUGCCUUCACUUACAGGACUCUGAAGAACAUUCUGGAAAUCCCGGAAGUCCAUAAGAAGACCGUGCACUACGUGAAGAAGGCUUUGAGGACUGUUGAUACCGAGUUCUAUGAGAACCUCAACAACCGUGUUCUCCGCUGGACUUUCAAGAACGACAACUACAGAUAUGGAGUAUCACUUGACUGGCACAGCCUGUUCACCAAGGACGGUGUUCUGCCGAAAGAACUGCUCACCACUCUGGACACCAUUUUCGGUGGAAAGUGGUACGAAUACUUCCUUCAGCUCGGAUUCUCACAGCAGAACGUUGAUGAGAUCUUGAACAAGGUGCUUCACAUGCUGCAGGAAACCGAUAUGGAACAUCUUGUUGUUCGUGGAAAGCGCUCCACCUUCUAUCACCCAACCGAAUUCUUCCGAACCAUCUAUGAGAAGCUGAACUUCGUCCGCCGCCAUCCGACGAACAAGGAUGAUUCCCAUGCGAUGAUGUACCUCCGCUACAAGGACAUGGACUACGUCUUCCUGCCGCUUGACGUUGACACCAUCCCCAAGUUCAUUCAGAACAUGUUCCAUGAUGGAAAGAUUGAUCUCGACGAGCUCGAGCGCUUCCUUGUGACUGGAACUCAAUUCACCAGGACUGGUGGUUUCUACAUCUACGAAUAUCUGAGGAGGAUCCCAACCACCCUUGGUCUUCCAUUGGUGCUCACCUCAAAGAUGCCAACUGUUGUCACCGUUCAGGGCCACAUUAAUGUUGAGAUGGAGCCCAAGGAGGCCCGAGUGUUCGAAGGACUUCGCCUCCGCUUCUUGCUGAAGCCCAAGAUUGCUACUACCCACAUCGUCAAGGCCGUCGUCCUGAGCCCAGUUGUUGAGAGCGGAUUCAAGAUGCUGCACUCUGCAACCUUCGACAAGCCGUUCGAUACUGAGACUGAGCUUACCUGGAGGCACAAACUCCUCCUGAAAACCACUGUCCGUCCCUUCGAGCACAAGAAACAUGUCCUCCACCUUCAGUCGCGCCCAGUCACCUUCAUUCGCCACAUGAGGAAGACCCACGUAUACCCCGAGCCCGUUGAGGUCACUGUUCACCUUCGUGAGCACCUCUACCCAAUCAAGUCGUUCGAGCGCACCUUCUUCAAGAGAUACGGAAUGAUCGUGAAGCUUACCGGAACCAUGCACCGUCCUAUUAUCCGCUACAUGGAAACCAUGCUCAACCCGCUUCUGAUCGGAUACAACACAGUCGACGUCCACAUGGAACCUACUGAGGACUUGCCGAAGGAGUACGUCUUCCACAUGGAGAUGGAGAACUUCAUUCCCGAAAGGAUGGAGAAGCCUGAAUUCGACAAGCUCUUCAUGCACAACGACGAAAUGUUCAAUGUUGAAGUCGAAGAUUUCGAGCCAAGGCGCAUUGGUGACCGCAGGACUCACCUGACCACCUAUCUCAGGAACUUCGAAAUCGAAAAGGCGUUCAAGCACCGCCUGUUCUUCAAACUUGAGACCAUCGGAACCCGCGAGAGGCACGAGGCUGAGAUGGAACUGAAGGUCCUUCACGACAACAUGUACCGCUUCUGGCGCACUUUCUUCUUUGUUCGCCGCACCCCAAUGGAGAUGGAAACUCGUGACUGGGAGAUGAAGGUCGACAUUCAGACGGUCUAUCCCGAAAUUCCGAAGACCCUUAAGAUGCUGAAGGAGCAGAUUCACCGCGAAUGCCACACAAUGAUCGAUGCCAUGUGGGGAAACGAGCACAAGAACACCGUCUUCAUGCGCAUCCAGGGAGAGCAGAGCCGUGAACAGAAGAUGUGGAUGAAGAAGCUUGAUCGCGAAGAGAACAGACUGACCGAGAUGGAGAAGCUCAAGAUGUUCUCCUACCUGAACCUCUACAAGCUCAUGGCCAAGUACAGGCUCACACCAGAGACUGAAUACUACAUGCACAAACUGUUCACCAUGCUUAAGACUUGGUAUCUGUGGCACACUGAGUUCGAGAAGGUUCACAACAGAGAUGGAAUUCUUCGCAUGCAGCUGGAGAUCGAACCACUGAACCGCCGCAUGUUUGACCUGCUUAUUGAGACUCCUGUGGAGCGUGUCGUGAUGAAGAAGCUCACUAUGCCGUUCAAACUGCCAAUGGUACACUUCCAUGACAUGCACACCCUUGAGCGCACCGAGAUGAAGCAUGUGGUACACCACCUCAUCAAGAACAACCGCCCAGAAUGCAUCGUCAAGUCCUGGGAAAUCAACACCUUCGACAACCUUCUCCUCAAGACUCCUCUCACCAACUGCUACACCGUUCUGGCCAAGGACUGUACCAAUGAGGAGCCACGAUUUGUCGUUCUCAUGAAGAAGAUCCACAAGGACCGUGAGGAGAAGAGACUGAAGAUCGUCACUCGUGAACAUAUCUAUGUGAUGGAGAUUGUUGACGAGAAGCUCAUCGUCAAGAUCAACGACCGUGAGAUCCGACCUGAGGAAUUCAACCGAUACCGCAUCUACAGGGUCGACGAUAUGCUCUACAAGGUCGACAUCAAUGAUGUUGUUGUGCUGUUCGACGGCAUUGAGGUCAACAUCAAGCUCUCGCACAUGUACAAGAACAAGCAGUGUGGAAUCUGUGGACACUAUGAUGGCGAGAAAUGGAACGACAUGCGCCGCGCCGACAACGUGGAGACCACCAUGGUCGAGGACUUCCACCGCAGCUACAUCACCAAGGACGACGAGUGCGAGAUUGACGAGAGGGAGUUCACCAUGAAGCGCAAUCACCGUCUUGAGGAGGACCUCAGGCACGACAACUACCGCUACAGAGAGGAGAAGGAAUUCAAGGAGGACGAGCUUAUGUUCAAGGACACCGAAGAGUACAAGGAGGUUGAGAAGUAUGAAGAAGACCGCGAGGUCGAGAAAAAGAAGCCGAUUCUUCGCACUCGAGUCAUCGAACGUAAGAACCUCGUCUGCUUCUCUGUCGAACCACUCUACGAGUGCCCAGAACACACCACCAAGGUCGACGUGAAGAAGGAAGAAGUCGAGUUCGUCUGCCUGCGCACUCAUCUUCCUGAGACCAGGCGCCUCCUUCGCAAGGCUCGCGUUGAGGUGAUUCCGCGCCGUCUUCUCGAUGGAGAACUCUGGACCACCACCGUCCAUGUGCCCAGGAUGUGCACUGUCUAUUGA